AUGAAGCUGAAGGAAAUUGAUCGUACUGCCAUGCAGGCGUGGGGCCCUGCCCAGCAGCACCCCAUUUACCUGGCCACAGGUACAUCAGCUCAGCAGCUGGAUGCAACUUUCAGUACAAAUGCUUCUCUAGAAAUAUUUGAGUUGGACUUAUCAGACCCUUCGCUGGAUAUGAAGUCCUGCGCCACCUUCUCCUCCUCUCACAGGUACCACAAGCUGAUCUGGGGGCCGCACAGCAUGACCUCGGGUGAGAGAGUCUCUGGAGUCCUGAUUGCCGGGGGUGAAAACGGAAAUGUCAUUCUGUACGACCCAGCCAAAAUCAUAACUGGAGACACUGAAGUAAUAAUUGCCCAGAAAGACAAGCACACAGGACCAGUAAGAGCGCUCGAUGUCAACAUGUUCCAGACUAAUCUGGUGGCCUCUGGUGCUAAUGAGUCUGAAAUCUAUAUCUGGGACUUGAACAAUUUUGCCACGCCAAUGACACCAGGAGUGAAGACACAGCCUCUUGAGGACAUCAGCUGCAUCGCAUGGAACAGGCAAGUCCAGCACAUCCUGGCAUCUGCCAGCCCUAGCGGCCGAGCUACCGUGUGGGAUCUCAGGAAGAAUGAACCCAUCAUCAAAGUCAGUGACCACAAUAACCGGAUGCACUGCUCAGGCCUGGCAUGGCACCCUGAUGUUGCUACCCAGAUGGUUUUGGCCUCGGAGGAUGACAGGUUGCCUGUGAUUCAGAUGUGGGACCUAAGAUUUGCAUCCUCGCCACUUCGUGUCCUAGAAAGCCAUACAAGGGGUAUAUUGGCCAUUGCUUGGAGUAUGGCGGAUUCGGAGCUGCUACUUAGCUGUGGGAAGGAUGCUAAAAUUCUCUGCUCCAACCCUAACACAGGCGAGGUGCUGUAUGAGUUGCCCACGAACACACAGUGGUGCUUUGAUAUCCAGUGGUGUCCCAGGAACCCUGCUGUCUUGUCUGCGGCUUCCUUCGACGGGCGGAUCAGCAUUUACUCCAUCAUGGGAGGAAGCACAGAUGCCUUGAGGCAGAAGCAAGUUGACCAGCUUUCAUCGUCUUUUGGGAACCUCGAUCCAUUUGGUACAGGACAGCCCCUCCCACCCCUGCAGCUUCCUCAGCAGACCACCCCACAGAGUGUUGUUUUGCCCCUAAAGAAACCACCCAAAUGGAUCCGGCGACCUGUGGGAGCAUCGUUCUCAUUUGGAGGCAAGCUGGUUACAUUUGAGAAUGCCAAGUCUCAGCAGCAGCCAGGCAUCGAGCAGCAGCAGCAGCGUCACCAUGUCUACGUGAGCCAGGUUGUAACAGAGAAGGAGUUCCUGGCCCGCUCGAACCAGCUGCAGGAGGCUGUGCAGUCCGAAGGCUUUGUCAGCUACUGCCAGAAGAAAAUCGACAUGGCCCAGGCUGACUUUGAGAAAAACGUGUGGGCCUUCCUAAAGGUGAACUUUGAAGAAGAUUCACGUGUUAAAUACCUUGAGCUCUUGGGAUACAGGAAGGAGAAUCUGAGGAAGAAGAUUAUAUCCACUCUGAAUAAAGAUGGUCUUGCAGAUGGUGACUUGGGAGAGGCUCCCGCAGAAUCUGAUGAAUCUGUGCCGAACAAGGGGGAUGAAGGCCAGGCUACAGAGGAGCAGUUCUUGGGAGAGAGGGUGAAGGACCAUAAACAAGAAACUGAAGAUUUGGGACCUGCAAAGAAGACGUUUAACAUCUCUGUUAGUGGAGAUGUGGACGGUUUGAUUACCCAGGCUUUGCUGACGGGUAACUUUGAGAGCGCAGUAGAUCUCUGCUUGCACGAUAACCGCAUGGCUGAUGCCAUUAUCUUGGCCAUCGCAGGCGGACAAGAGCUGCUUUCUAGGACACAGGAAAAGUACUUUGCUAAGAUGCAGAGCAAAAUUACCAGGCUCAUCACUGCAGUGGUAAUGAAGAACUGGAAAGAGAUUGUGCAGUCUUGCGAUCUGCAGAAUUGGAGAGAGGCUUUGGCUGCAGUGCUCACUUACGCCAGGCCAGAUGAGUUUGCAGCCCUUUGCGACUUCCUGGGUAACAGGCUGGAGAGUGAGGGAGACAGCCUUCUGCAGUCACAGGCUUGUCUCUGUUACAUUUGUGCCGGCAACGUGGAAAAACUUGUUGCUUGUUGGACGAAAGCUCAGGAUGGAAACAGCCCCUUGUCCCUUCAGGAUUUAAUAGAGAAAGUCGUAAUCCUGCGCAAAGCCGUGCAGCUCACCCAGGCUGUGGACCCUAAUGCUGUGGGGGCCCUUUUGGCUGAGAAGAUGAGCCAGUAUGCCAACCUCCUGGCUGCCCAGGGCAGCAUUGCUGCAGCUUUGACCUUCCUCCCUGCGAACACCAACCAGCCAAACAUCAUGCUGUUACGGGACAGGCUUUGCAGAGCCCAAGGGGAGCUCCCAGUGGGACAGGAGGCCCUCAAGGCACCAUACGAGAGACAGCCCAUGCCCAAAGGACGAGCUGGCCCUGUGGCUGGACAGAUGCAAGGGCCCCAGGCUCCAGCCCAGCAGUAUUACCAACAGGGAGACAACCCACCUCCUCCAGGGUUUAUCAUGCCAGGUGCCAUUAACCCCAGCAUGCCACCGCAGCAAGCCACAUCUUCCAAUUACAGCAUGUACUCACAAGCAGGGGCCCGGCCAACGUACCCGCAGACGUAUCAGGCCACACAGCAGUACUCUUGUGGAACAGGGGGACCAGCUCUCUAUCAGCCUCAGCAGCCUGUCACUGUCCCUGCUUCAGCCUCUUACCCGAACCCUGCCCCUAAUACCACCUCUCCCUACCUGCCCUCUGCCCCUACCCACUCCAUGCCCUCCCCGCUGUACCCUGGGCAGCCUCAACCCUCUCCAACGAGCCUGAAUCCCAUCUCUUCCUUCCCUCUUCCUCCUUCUGGCGCAUCCUUUCAGCAUGGCAGGCCAGGACCUCCAGCAACUUCUGUGGCUUAUGCAUUACCUACUGGACCAACAGGGCCUCAGAAUGGCUGGAACGACCCUCCCGCCCUGAACAGAGCUGCCAAGAAGAAGGUCCCUGAUAACUUCCUGCCCCCGGUUCCCAUCACCUCCCCCAUCAUGAACCCGCUGGUGGAUCCACAAUCUCAGGUGCAGCAGCCUCCAGCUUCGGCACCACCCAUGGGCACACCCAGCUUCCAGCCUGUGCACCUCCCUGCAGGGCAGCCGGUGCUGCAGGGUGGCUACCCGCCUGCUCCCCAGCCCCUGGGAUCAUGCAUCAUGCCACCCACUGUUUCCAAACCCAGCACGGAAGGGGCCCCUGGGGCCCCAAUUGGCAAUGCCAUCCAGCAUGUGCAGGCACUGCCAACAGAGAAGAUUACCAAGAAGCCCAUCCCUGAGGAGCACCUUAUUCUGAAGACCACGUUUGAAGCUCUUAUCCAGAGAUGCCUGCUGUCUGCCUCUGAUCCGCAAACCAAGAGGAAACUAGAUGAUGCAAAUAAACGCCUGGAGUUUCUAUAUGACAAACUUAGAGAACAGACACUCUCUCCAACCAUCAUUAGCGGUUUGCACAACAUUGUGAAGAGCAUCGAAACCCGCAACUACCAGGAAGGACUGAACAUCCACACGCACAUAGUCAGCACCAGCAACUUCAGCGAGACCUCUGCUUUCAUGCCUGUUCUGAAAGUUGUCCUCACCCAGGCCAAUAAGCUGGGUGUCUGAAGUAACCCUGCAUUUGCAAAGCCUUGAUGGUUGCUUUUCCAAAGAAGUGCAUUUCUACAGCGAACAUGCCGGAAAUGGACCAAAUGCUAGUCCUUAUGGCAUGUCGCAGUAGAGCACUGACAAAUGGCAUUACACUCUCCCUGCAAAAUACUUUGUUCUAGGAGGGCCGUGGAGCCUUGGUGCUUUCCUUUUAUUUUAAUCCUUUUCCCAUCCUAAUGAUUCUUGUCUACAGAUAGUAUAUUUAAUGGAUGAUGCCCCAUAUUGUCAAUUUUUAGAUGCAUGUUAUACUGCUAAACAGUGGCUUUUAAUAACAGAUAUAUGUGUUAAAACAAGAUAAGUUGUGUAUCAGACCCUAAAACAGAUUAUUCCCUUCCAUCCCACUGUUCCUUAUCCACCAGAUUAAAGAGUCUGAUCAUAUUAUAAGUGUAUUUGGUCUUUCAUUUUAUGAAACUGCUUGCACUUCUGUUAUUACAAUUUACAUGUUAAAUAGCUUAAUUUUGCACUGGGGCAAAUGAGCAAAAUAAAGGUUGAUGUGAUAUUUUCAAUAAAUGU